AUGCCAAUUCACAGUAACCCAACUAGAGAAAAACUCAGAGAGUUAAUGGAAGGUUUCACAGACACAGCUGAAGCAUGCAAUAUUAGACCUUUUUUUACUUAUUCUCAAAAGGUUAAAAAUGGUAAUGUAAUGUCAACAAGGCUGGAUUACAUCUUUAUAGAUGAUAAUCAUAUUCAGCUUUGUAAAAAACAAUCUCUAAGCCCACAACUUGGAAACAAAAUCCAAGAAGCAUUCAAACCUUUUCCAGCUUCAGAAAAACGUAUAAAAAGAUUAAACAAACAAAUUAAUGAACUUAAUAUCAAAAUAGCUAGAAACUCUAACCUUACAGAUCUAAGCAUAAUUGCAACACAAUUAAAAGCGGAGAUACAAGAUGAACUCACGAAUCUAACAUCUAAAUGGUAG